AUGAGGUACGGCGCGCUCGGUGUGAAGCGGUACGCGGCGGCCACGCUCAUCCUGCUCUCCUUCCGCGGCCGCGCCAAGCAAAAGCGCCAUCGCGAGCGGAUCCGGCGGCUGCUCGGGAUUCAGCAGGAGCUGCUCAUCCAAGCGGUCGUGCAGAUCGACACGCGGGUGGAGCGCAAGAAGCGCGACAGCAUGUACCAGCAGUUGCGGCGCGAGCGAGAGUCACGAAAGGCGGUCGGGGAAGAGAAGCCUGCUCCCGCGACGUGCGGCGACCCGCGCCUCAGCAGCCGGCGCGUCACGGCGCAGAUCGCAAGGGCGCACACGGCCUACUUUCUGACAAACGGCCGUAGCAAAUUUUGGGGCGCCGGAUUCCAUGUCGAAAAGCUGAUCAACGCUCUGCGCGAAGCGGAGCUGAGCUUGGGGCGGCGGCGCGCCGCGGCUCCGCCGGUCCUCGUCGACGUCGGCGCGGCACCGUACAACACGAUCGGAGGCGACAUCUCCCACGUUCUGACGAUGGCGUCGCUGUGGAACGAGAGCUCGGCGACGAUCCUCGGGUUCGAACCUGGCGUGCAUCCGUUCAGCCGCCUCAAAGACUUCAUCGGCAAGGCGGUCGGCCGCCCGGCGCGAGACUGCACCGACUGCGCCGACGACGCUGGGCAAACCGCCAACGUCGCCUCUGCUGACGGCGCCUGCCCCGCCGCCGCCCUCGCCUCCGCCGCCAUCGCCAACAGCCCCGGCGCGGGCGACAACACCGCCUCGCUCGAGCGAAACUACGGCGUGGCGAGCGACCGAGGGCGCGAGGUGCGAGCGGUUACUCUCGACAACGAGCUGCGGCGGCGCGGGCUUGACGGCAGAGAGGUGCUGCUGCUCAAGGUGGAUGUGGAGGGGCACGAGCUCGCCGUGCUGCGCGGCGCCGACAAGGCGAUCGGCGAGGGGCGGGUCCCCUUCAUUCUCCUUGAGUACGGCGACAAGAUGUCGCCCGCGAUUUGGGGCGCGAUGAAGCGGAGGAACGACGCCACGCCGGCUGCACCGACGCCGGCGCUGCUCGAGGGUCCCUCCCUGUUCAGGCUGCAACGGUGGGCGGAUGGGCGGGGAUACGACACCUACCUGCUGGGCGAGGGCGACGGAGGGCGGCCGGUGCUCGUGGGGGCGACGGGGCGCUACUGGCGGGACUCGCUCGAGGUCUGCCGCGACAAAGGCCAAAAGUGGUCGCGCGACGGGCGCCUGUGGGAGAACUUCUCGGCAUGGGACCCCUCGUGGUCGGCCGUGUGUUGGUACGACGUGCUGCUGGUGCUGCGCAAGCCGCUCGAGCCGCAGCUGCGACAGCUCCUUCUGGAGCGCACCAGCCUGCCUCCGAGGCGCGCCUCCCUAGCCCUCGGUGGCAUCGCACUCGGCGCGCUGCUUCUCUUCGCCGCCGGUUCAGAGCUGCUUCCAUUCCCGGCCCAGCUGCUCCAGCUCCCGCUAAAGAGCUUUGAAGCAAGCGCAACCGUUGCUGCUCGCCCUCCCGACGCCGUAACCUCGCUGCCGGGCGCUCCGCCGCUGGACACCGUGCAGUACGCUGGCCUCGUCACGGUCAACAGCACCGCGCGCAACAAGCUCUUCUACUGGUUUGCCGAGUCAAGCCGCGUGAAGGACGACCUGGAGGAAAAGAGCAAGGUGCCAAUCGUAAUAUGGCUCAACGGCGGGCCGGGCGCCUCCUCCAUGACGGGUUGGCUGAUUGAGAAGAUCGGGCCGUUUGAGCUGCAAUCGGACGCCGCCACGCUUACUCCGACCGGCCUACCCUGGCACGAGCUCGCGCACGUCAUGAUGUGGGAUCAGCCUGUGGGGGCCGGCUACGCGACCACCGCGACCGGGACGUACGCCGCGAGCAUGGAGGAGGCAGCAGCCGACCUGCUCAAGGGCAUGACAGAGUUCUACAAGAUCCACCCAGAGUAUAAGGAUUCCGACGUGUACGUCACGGGCGAGUCCUUUGCUGGCAAGUGGAUCCCGCACUUUUGCUACCACGUCUAUGAGACAAACAAGGCGUUGGUGGCGAAAGGCGAACCGGUGGCGAUGCCGCUCGUCGGCAUGGCCAUCGGCAACGGCGUGCUAUACCCUUACCUGCAGACCGAGGCGAUGGUGACGAUGGCCACUGGGCUCGGGUACACGGAUCCGGAGAAGCUGCGAGUGGCGCGCAAGAACCUCAAGGCGUGCAAGCAGGCGCGUGCUCUCGAGGACAGGGAGCUCGAGGCCAUUGACGAGAUGAAGGAGCGGCCUGUGCCAUCUCAUGAUCUGUGGAAGAGCGCCUACUUCAAGUGCGACGCGCUCGAGAAGGUCUUUGGCGAGGCAGUCAAGUUCAUCUACGACAUCCGAUCGCCGGCUGACGAAUUCUCUGCCCUCAGCGAGUACCUCAACAAGGAGGAGGUUCGCAAGGCACUCAACGUCGGCGAGACCAAAUGGGUGCAGCAGGAUGGCGGCAAGCCGGGCAACCCCGUGAGCGACGCCCUGUGGGAGCCGCAGAUCUCGGACCUGCCGGACGAGAUGCUAGCGACGCUGUUCAAUGAGUACAAGGUGUUGAUGUACGCGGGCCAGUACGACGGCAGCAGCUGCAACGCGCUCGGUGUCGCCCAGUCCGUGGACGUGGUCGCAAACGAGGGCAAGUGGGCGGACGCGAGCAAGUAUGCGAACACCACGGCGUGCACUUGGACCGUCAAUGGCAUCCCCUCGGGCGUGCUGCGUGCGACCGGCAAGUUUGGGAACCUCGUCUUUCUCAACUCAGGCCACCUCGUUCCCAUGAACCAGCCCGCCGCGGGCUACGAGAUGAUUCGCCAGCUGGUCUACUCGGACACGUUCACCGACAUGUGCUGA